CAGGGCUCCGGUGGACACUUCAAGUCUGUCGUCCUUUUGCAGACUCUCUAAUCUCCUGAGCCAUCUAAAAGAGUAUCCAAUAGGUACUGUGGCGUGUAAUUGCAAAUGGAUUGCCUAUCAAGUAUGACAAAAAGUGACCUGGAGCGCAUGCUAUUUGAUGAAACCGCAGAGCCAAAGGCCCUGCCAUUAUCACUUUUGGCAGAAAUCACAAAUGGUUUCUCUGAUAAGCAGGAAAUUGGCGAAGGUGGUUUUGCAGUUGUCUACCAGGGAAUGCUCAAUGGUGGGAAGGUAGCUGUGAAGAGGCUGUCCAAGACGCAUUUGUAUGAGAAGGAGUUCCAGCGAGAAGUUGAAUGUCUCAUGAUGGCGAAGCACAAAAAUGUAGUACGGUUCCUGGGGUAUUGUGCUGACACACAAGGGAGUGCGGAAAGGUACAACGGAAAAUUCGUCAUGGCGGAUGUACAACGAAGGUUGCUCUUCUUUGAGUAUCUUCCCAAUGGGAGUCUUGAUAAGUAUAUCACUGAUACAUCUCGCAAACUUCCGUGGAGAAACUGCUAUAAAAUUAUUCAAGGAAUUUGUCAGGGGCUGCAUUAUCUUCAUGUGAAAAAAAUUGUCCACUUAGAUCUAAAGCCAGCAAAUAUAUUGUUGGAUGACAAUUUGGUGCCGAAAAUUGCUGAUUUCGGCCUCUCAAGGUGUUUUGAAGAUAUACAAAGCCGGGUUUUUACUCAGAAUAUAGGUGGAACAUUGGGAUAUUUGGCACCAGAAUUUGGUAAUGGUGUAAUCACAUACAAGUUUGAUGUCUAUAGUCUUGGUGCAAUAAUCAUAGAGAUACUCACUGGAGAGAAGGGGUAUCACACUGUCGACACUGUAGUUGAAAUUUGGAGCGAGAAGUUGGUGAAAUCACACAGCGACAUACAGCUGCAACAAGUACGAGUAUGUACUGAGAUAGGAAUAGAGUGCAUUGACUCCAACCCUGCGAAGAGACCGGAUACACAGAAUAUAAUCGAUAGACUCAAUGAAACAGGCAGUAUGGUCGGGUAUAUGGAAACAAGCGUGAUUACUUCACAACUGGUAGAAAGUUCUCUGGAUGAACUGCAUCAAGAUAGGCCUAAGACGCCAGAAGAGACAAGCUCUGAGGAUUCAUCAUUUUACCGGUCAUCAAAGUUACUGCUGCAUCAAACGCAACCAGGAGCCUGGAAUCUUGACUCCGAUUUGGAGGCAGGGAAAACGCUGGCAAGUCAAAAUUGGACGGACAACAUUGUUUCCAUCCAGAAGGUCCGUCCCGUGGUGUACAACAGCUACACGCCGCAACGCGUGCCCAUCGGCCCUUACCAUCGCAGUUGUUCGUCUACACGGAUUGAAAAAGAGAAGCUGCGAUAUGUGGGCUUCAUGCAGACUGUUUCCGAGACUCGAGGGACAGGUGGCCUUAGUGGUCUUGGGGAGGGACUGGAGCUGCGAGCGAGGGAUUGGUACGUGGACGGGGUCGCCGACAUGACGCCGGAAGAGUUGGCGAGGAUGCUGCUGCAUGAUGGGUGUUACCUGCUCGGUCGGCUGGGGAACUAUCCGGGCCACAGUCUACCUCAAGCCUGCAACUUUGACAACACCGAGUUUCGGGACGUCCUUUAUCUGAUUGAUAACCAGCUACCUUUCUUUGUUCUCGAGGAAAUCCACGAGCGCGUCAUGUCCAGUGACUGUUCUCUCAGCGACUCCUUGGUAGAGUAUGUCCGGCGUCUGCUGGCGGCACAGCUCUACAUCAGCCCAGGGCAGAAGAGACUGAUGAAGCAGCCGUGCCACCUGCUGCACCUGGUGCACACAUACUUCCAUCCAAACCAAGUAGGUUGCGGAUGGUCUGAUGGUUUCCAGGCGCUCACUGGUCGGUGGCGCCGGGCGACCGAGUACCGUUUGGACGCCAACGUGAAGUUCAUGCCUCGGGAGUUCUCGGCGGACGUGACUUCUAUCCUGGACGUGCGCCUUGAAGGUGGCACGCUGUGGAUCCCUCGGCUGCACGUCAACAACGACACGUGGACGCUCCUACAAAACCUGAUGACGCUGGAGGAGCAAAUGCCCAAGAGGCCCGUCACGGCGUACUGCAUCUUCAUGUCGCAGCUGGCGUGUACGCCGGAGGACAUACGGCUCCUGGUUGAUGCAAAUAUCGUGCAGCACUUUCUGGCCAGCGACCAGAUUGCCGCCCAAGGGUUUGUCGGCCUCCUCCGAGAGGUCGUCAUGGACGUCGACAACAUCGACAGGAACUAUCUCAGGCCCAUCUGGCACCGACUGGAGAUGCUUGCGGAGCCUUAUGAGCCAGGUUUUCUUUCUCGAUUUCGAUUUUUUUCCAGAAAGGGCCGGAAGGACCGGUUUAUCUAA